GGCCAUCGAUGCGCGGCUGCAGGGCAGGAUUGACGGGACACGGCCCCGCCGCCAUGGUGCCGGUGCGCGGGGUGAAAAGCGAGUAUAUGAAGCGCUUCAAGGAGCCGAAAUGGGAGGCGUGCGGCCCCUGCUACCAGGAGUUGUUGCGCUACCGCCUGAGCCGGCGCCUCCUGGAACAAGCGCACCGGCCCUGGUUUUGGGACGGCUGGGAGCAGGACAGCAGCCUGAGCGGCGGCGGCGGAGGGAGCAGCGGCGGCAGCAGCAGCGGCGGCGGCUCCCCGUCGCCUCCGGGCACUUCGAGCCCCCCGGCGGCGCAGCAGCGAGAGGCAGAAGCGGCGGGGGCGUUAGUGACCGGGGAGCCUGUUCUCGGCAGGACCGGGGGCGGCACUGGGGAGGCUGCAGCAUCGAGCCCGGCAGAGCCCCUGCGCGGAUCCGAGGAAGAAGACCAAGAAAAAGCUGAAGCAGAGAGAGAUGAAAAGAAGUCUGUGGGGAAAGGAACCGACACUUCAACCCAUCAUCAGAAAGGGCAGCCUUUGAGUCGCGGUGCCUUGGGUGGCCGAGGUGACAGGAGGCGAGCGAAAAGUCCUCAAAGGACAGAUGCAGCAAAGGGGCUGAAACACCCAUUUGCUUUAUAUGGUUGGGGAGAAAAACAGACUGAUACGGGCAGUCAGAAAACCCAUAACGUCUGUGCGUCUGCUUCAGUGAACGAAAUCCAUGAGUCCGCGCUAAGAGCAAAGAACAGAAGGCAAGUGGAGAAAAGGAAGCUGUCUCAGAGACGCAUUCACUCGGCAGAAGUGGAGAGAACCUGGAAAGCGCAGUCUGCGGGACCAGACAAUCCCUGGAUGACGGAAUAUAUGAGGUGUUAUUCAGCACGUGCUCGGUGACUCAAAACUUGAUUGGACUUGUCUUUUUUUUAAUUCAAAAAUAGUAUCGGGGAAACAGCUGGGACCCUAGAGCAAAACUCCAAACUACUUAUGCAGCAUUUUUACAAAAGGAUUUUUCCAACAUUUAUUACACUUGUUUAUAUUUUGGCUACUUAUCUCGGCAGCUGAAGGAACAAUUGGGUCCAUGCUGAUGGGGGCUAGGUUGGCCAGUAUAGCUUCCUUAAAAAGAGUCAUGCCAAGAGAUAUUUCUCUUGACCUUCAGCUGCAAAUAUAUCAAAGGUUGUAGAAGGAACCUUUUCAAUGAAAGAACUCGCAAGGGUUUCUUGACAGAAAUGUAGUCCUUCUUUGAUAACUAAGGACCUGCAGAACGUUAGUUGUCCUUAAGAUGCAUUGAGAGUUUGUUACAACUAACUUAAACUUUUCUUUGUAUCGAGGGCCAUGAAAUUUUACAAAUCAGGUUGCUGUAAAAAUUCUUUAAGGAGGGAUGUAGGUGCCAUUGCAUUUCCUUGUGGCUUUUAUAUUACUUUGCAAUGAUUUGCAUCAGGCCUGCAUAACUUGUGAUCUAGCAAGCCAAAUGCCACCCACCAACUGUCUCUGGAGGCUUACUGUGGAUUUAAUAAACCACCUGUUAUUCCUUCCCAAGAUUGCAAAAACAGUAGGUUGUUAUCCACCUGACAUCACAUAAAUGGCCUGCUAUCUGUGAAGGAUGGUAUAUCUGGAAUCACAAGGGCCAGUUUUAGAAGUCUGAAAGUUUCCCCAAACAUUUGGCAAUUUUUUAGAGUGAUUUGUUCCAGAUUACAUUCCAUUUGUGGAUUUUGUGGCCAUCUGGAAUGGGGAGGUUUUGGUGCAAUAGAUUAGUAAUGUGCUAUGAUUGUAUUUUUAAACUGUUUAUUUGCUAUCAUGAACUCAUACCAAAUGAUGGAUAUAGACAAUCAUUAAUUAGUGAUGGAGCUCUGUUUAGUAGUUUACAGUAAGUAACAUGGACUGAACUGGGAUGUAUUUUUCUUUCAAUGCUUCAUCUGGAUGGACUAAAAUAUGUUUUGUAAACAGUUUUGUUAGAUAAGCUUCUGCAUAGUGAAAUUUUUCUAUUGUUUGUACACUAAAUUCUUUAAAUCUUCUACAAGCUUGAUCAAGCCAGUGUACAUUCCAUAAAGUAUGUUCAGGACUCAG